AUGGCCUCCUACAUGCUUCCCAGCUUCGACGACGCCACAGAUAAGUGGAAACCUUACCUCAUCAAAGUGGAGGCGUACUUUGAAGCGAAUGCUAUUUCGGAUUCCGCUAAGAAGAGGGCACUUCUAGUAGCUGCACUUAGCACCUCGACGAUCCAAAUCCUGAUGGGGAAAAUAGCACCUGCAAAGCCCAAUGCCUUAAGAUAUGAUGAAGUAGUCAAGGUGUUAAAUGACCACUACGACCCAAGGCGCAACGAAAUUGCUGAAAGCUUCCAGUUUUUCAACCGCUGUCAGCAGGAGGGAGAAACCAUUCAGGAUUUCGUCGUCUCAAUCCGACGCAUUGCAGACAAUUGCAAUUUCGGAGAUUCUCUGAACAGGCUACUUAGAGACCGAAUUGUCUGUGGUGUGCGUUCGGGUGCUGUGCAGAAGCAACUUCUGGCAAAGAAAGAUUUAACUCUGGAGGAAGCCGAGUCGAUAGCAGUAGCCGCGGAAACUGCCGAAAAAGACGCCAGGACAAUGUCUGUAGACGUACCGCCUGUUCUUAAAGUGGAAGCGCGUCGCAAACUGCCAUCGCGAUCAAGCAUGGAGCGCUCAGAGCGAUUGGAGUGUGGAAGGUGUGGCAGUUCUAGACAUGAUGGCAACAGCUGCAGAUGGAAGAAUGCACGAUGUUACGCUUGCGGCCUGAGGGGUCACCUCGCUAAAAUGUGUCGCAGCCGCAUUGGCAAAGAUGUUGCCGCCCCUCGGCGACUACCUCACGCGAAAGCUUUGGCGGUAGAAGAGGCUUCUUCAGAAGAGGACAGCAGUGGUAGUGCUCAAAUUUGGACGUUAGCGUCAGCACGAAAGAAUUCUCUUGCGCCGCCAAUAAGACGAACGUUCAGUUGGGGAGGCGUGAACGUGUCCAUGGAAGUCGAUACAGGUUCACCGGUUUGCGUCAUAUCACGGCAGCUUUUCGAAAAGCACCACAAAUGCUGGCCAAAGUUGAAGCCUUCACACGUAAAGUUAUCAUGCUACAGUGGAAGGUUGCCGGUGAUGGGUGAACUGCAACUUUGUGUCAGAUACCGCGAUACUUCUGUUGACUGUUCCCUUGUGGUUCUAGACUGCCCCGGACCAAGCUUGUGCGGCCGAGACCUACUAAUCCUCCUGGAACAAGCUGGCGCUCCGGUAGUGAGAGUCGCACACGAAGACGAGGCGACGGCUAUUCGAGCGAAGCACCACAGCGUCAACGCCCUACGCCACACCUACGAGGAUGUUUUUUCGGAAACCUUGGGCUUGAUCAAAGGACCACCAGCCAGCCUCCUGCUGAAGGACGACGCGGUCCCCAAAUUCUGUCGAGAGUUCGUCCUGGUUACCGACCACCAGCCACUUGCAAUGGCCGCAGCUCGCAUCCAACGGUGGGCCCUCUACCUUGGAGGUUACCGUUACAAGCUUGAAUAUGCCCCAGGAAGGCAGCUACUGAAUGCGGAUGCUCUGAGCAGACUGCCGCUGCGGUGCCAAGAUGCCGCCACGGAACCUGAACCCGAAGAGUAUGUAUUUUCUUUGAAAUGCCUGGAUGAAGGGAUAGUCACAACGCGCGAGCUGAAGGAGCUGACAGCCAAUGACUCGAUCUUAUCCCGUUCAAAUGGAGCGGCCGAGAGGGCAGUCAGGACAAUCAAGGACGGUCUUCGGAAGAUGAAAGGCGGGAAGCUCGAGCAUAACCUUAUGCGUUUGCUGCUCAAUUACAGAAGGACCCCACAGAAAGCCGGACUAUCGCCAUCGGAAAUGCUGCUGGGGUACCAGAUACGGUCACGCCUGGACACGUGCUUUCCUGCGACGACUGCGCCCAAUUCUAAAAAGGAAAGCGACGAUUUGUUACCACCAACGAACUGUGAUGUGCAUGUCCGCAACUACGGGUCCAAUGGUAGAUGGAUGCCAGGACGUGUAACAGCUACAUCGGGAGGACGGAUGGUCACAGUGGAGACACCUCAAGCAAUCGUGCGGCGUCACAUAGAUCAAGUGCGUACUCGUAGGGGAUUUUCGCAAGACGAACCACUGUGGACCCAUCCAGGUGAUAUCAGCAAAGGCAAUACACCGAGCACAACGCCACUCGACCCACCGCCACCCGCGAACCCCGAUGAAGCUGUGGAAGCGUCACCCCAAGAAACUCUCCCAGUCACCGACCAGCCUGAGCCUGCUGCAGUCCCAACACCCCUGGCAGCUACGACGGAUCAAGAAACCGCACAACCGCUCCGGCGCUCCACAAGAACACGCAAGCCAGUGCAUCGUUUUUAA